UGGAAUUCCCAAAGUUCCCAAGUUCAGAGGGACAGAGGAGCAGCGUUCUGACUAAAAACAGUUUAAACGUUUCGGAGGAAAUUAUCGACCUUCGGCUGAGGCGUGAGCGAGCGGGAUAUCAUACAGCUGAAUCUGUCCCCUGCUCUGCCCACUCCAGCCUGACGGGGGCGAUGUCUGACAACAGCAACAGUACAGGCAGCACCGGCUCCUCCACCAACAGCUGGACGCUCCUGUCCCCAGAGGAAGUUGCUAUUGAAAAUGUCGGGCCUGUGGAUGACGGUACGGAGAGCCUGGGCGACGUCCCCAGCCUUGCUGAGGAGGUGGCAGGAGCCGCUGCAGAGUUCAAACCACCUGAGAUCCCUGUGGAGACUGUCCUGUCUGAAGAAGGACAUCAGGUCUGUCAGGAAACGUCUCCAGAGUCCAGUGAGGGUCCCAUCCCGUCUAGUCCAGCCCGUAUGAGUCCCAUCCCACCUGACCCCAGUGACCUUCCAGACCUGGACCUGGAGAGCCAGGCUCCGGUCAUUCACGACAUCGUGACCAGCUCCCCCAGUGACAACGAGCAUCUGUGCGCCAUGCCGUUUGUCACCAACAUCGAUCUGAGGCCUUCGCUCGAUAUUCCACCCGUUGAAGACCCGCCACUGGAGCCCGAGGAGUCCGGCGCGGCCCCUCCCCUCACUGAGACCUCUCCUGAAGAGCUCGUGCUCGACACGCCUGAUGAUACUGUCCCGACUCGUACGAGUCCUCCUGAGGAGAGUCUUCAUGUCUUCAGUGUGGAACCGGAUCUUAAAAUCCUCGCAGAGACUCUUACGGCCGCCGACACCGCGGCCGAUGCUGAAGGCGAUAUCAGCCCUGCUCCAGAGAUCACAGAGCCGCCGAGCGGAGUCACAGAGAGCCCGGCGACGGAGCCCGCUGAUGAAAGUACGGCACACCAGACUGCUGGUUCAUCUGAACCAGAAGAGCCUGUGGAGGAGGAGGAAGAGGAGGAGCAGGAGGAGCAGCAGGCUUCUGUUGAAGCAGAGCUGGCAGAGCCGCCUGAGACGGUGACCCAAGAUGAGAGCGAACAUAAAGAAGAGCCAUCCGGGAGUUUUGAGUUUGGCGACCCGAGCGGCUUCGAGGACGGCCUGAGGAGGCGCACCGUGCCGCCGUUCGAGGCGGCCAGACCGAGGACCUCAGACGAGGAAGACGACGAAGAGGAGGUGGAAUUCAAACUGGCCGAGAAGAAGGAGGAAAAGCCAUGGUUCUCCUUGAACAAGUGCAUUGUGGGAGCUCUGGUGCUGCUUUUCUUAGGUUCCCUCUUUCUCUCAGGUGACUUUGACGCCUCCGACCUGAGUGACGGAGAACAAAGCCAGGACUGGCUUAGCGGUGAUCCGCAGGAUAUGAAAGAGCUAUUGGAUAGACUGACGCAGGAAAACCAGCAAAUCACUCAGCUAGAGGCUCAACUGCAGUCUCAAAAAGAAGAACUCGACUCGGCGCUGAAGGCGGUGGCAGCCAGCGGUGAUGAGCAGGGGAAAGCUGAUCUGGAAAAAGAAAACUCAAAGCUGAAGGAGGAACUGUCGUCUCUGCCUGAGCUGAAAACCGAGCUGGAAAGUCUGAGAGCCAGAGUGACUGAACUCAGUCAACUGAAAGCUGAGCAGGAAAUCCUCCCGGCUUCUUCUCCUUCAGCGACUCCGCCAGAUGGCAAAGAGGCCGAGAGCAAUCAGAAAGCAGCCGGACCACAGAGGAGAGAGGACUCGUCGGACGGAGGAGCGCUGAAGGAGGAACUCCGGCGGCAGAAAGGUCUUUUAGAGGAGAGCAAGAAAAGACUACAGAUGAUGAAAAAAGAUGGCGGCCAGAGGAAACAGGUGAGGGACCACUUGGAGCAGAUCCAGAGGAAGCUCUCCGAGCAAGUCGAGAGGUGGGAGAAGAAGAAACCGCAGGAGCAUAAAUGGAAGGAGGGCAAAGGCAAAAACAACGGCAAAGACCACUGGAAGAAAGAGGAGAAGAAGGAGUGGAGAGGAGAGAAAGAAUGGAAGCACGGCAAGGACGGAGGAAGGAGGGACAAGGAGCAGAAGAAGGAGUGGAAAUCCGACAAGCAGAAUUCUCACAAGGAGGCCUGGAGGAAACACCAGGACGAGUGGGACAGGAAGAAAGACCAGCGCCGGUCAGACAGGGAAGAGAGGAGGAAGGAGAAGCCGUGGCACAGCCGGAAGGACAAAAACUCCCACGGCGACCAUCAUCAUCAUCAUCAUCAGCAUCAGCAUCAUCAUCAGCCCCACCAACAUCACCAGCAGCAUCACCACCAGCAGCCGCGCCAGUCUCACCGGCACCACCACGACUUCUGGAGGGACCAGGAGCAGAAGCUGCAGCGCAACGUCCGCCCCCAGCUGGGCUGCUCCUCCGUGGAGGGCUGCGCCGCCAGGGAGGGCCUCUACCCGGUGGAGCUGCCCGAGUUCGAGGAGCUGCUGGAGGGCUACCUGAGCAAGCUGGAGGGCUCGUCGCCCGAGAGCAAGGACAGGAUCGCCCGGCUGACCGCCGACUUCUUCGAGGGCGGCGUGUUCAUCCACGACCGGGUCCUGUUCGCCGACUUCGCCGAGGACGUGGCGGACAUCCUGGAGGACAUGGUGGACCUGUCGGAGGACAACGACUCCCUGGAGGAGGAGAUGGAGGAGUUCGAGCGAGAGGCCCUGUGGAAGUUUGCAGCAACUGCAUGAAAAGACACACAGAUUCAAUCGGAGCGGAGCCCGGGGGGAAGAUACAGCACAAGCGGUGGUUUUCUAGGACAUUUCUUGCCUACCUUCUCCUCUCCAGAGCUGUAAUUGUAGUAGCUUCCGGUACAGAGUGGUCGUGCCUCUCAUCAGUGUGUCCCUAUGAGUCUCCUAUUAUAAGCUAGACUUGUAUUCGUCAUCCUGGACUUAGUUGUCGUUACCUACCUCCGUCAGGUCAUGCCCCCUAAAGCAAAGUCCUUCAGUGCAGUGUUGUGUGAAUUUCCCUCUGAUAUUUAGUGCUAUACAUAAGUGCAUGUUCCCUCCAGUUCAUCAUGUAAAUCCACACUAACAGGAUCUCACAGCGGUUCAGUAGAGCAGCGGUGCAGCGGUUCAAUCAGCCAUUCAUCAGUACAGAGAUGGGGAUAAAAAAAAAGAAUGUGUUUGACAGUAAAUACUCUGCUGUCCUUUGACUCUGCCUUGUGUGGGAAAAUCUUCCGAGCAAGCAGGUUAAAACAAAUACGGGGACGUUGGUGCAGAUACCAGUCGCUUCAAGUCGGGUGUAACUGUGUAAUCCCAGAGGAGGAGAUCCCACUUCUCAAACCACAGCAGGUCGGACCGGUUUGGGCUUUUUUCAGCUGCUCUUUUGUAGACUUGGGCUCACACACACACACACACACACACACACACACACACACACACACACACACACACAAACACAGGCCACUGUUUCAGUGCCCUUAGCAUUUUGAUUUGUAAGUUUGGAAAAAAAAGCUUUUCCCUCCUCGACUCCCAGCUGUCGACCAACGGCCAAAAACCCGUCUGGCGAGACGCAGUCGCUCCUGAGAAAAGCAAUAGGACGGAGUCAUUCGGAGCCAUAGCGACAUUUACAGACGGCUAAACCACUUGAGCACUUUUCACAAGUAUACAAGAAACACUUUUUGUCACCUUUCACUUCUGCUGUUAUUUGAUUGGGGUUUUUUUUUUUUAUCUUUAGUUUUCUUUUUUUAUGUUUUGUAAAGUAGUGAGGGGACCUCCAGCACAUGAUCUACUUUCACUGGGCAUCUGUCUGAGUAAAAGUUUAUUCUAGCUAGUGAUCUGUAGUGUAGUUGCUCCCUUUGAGUUUGUAUAGUUUGUUUUUUUUUUUUUUCCCCCAAAUUGUAAUUGGCAGCCAAAUCCGAAUUUUUCCAGUUUUGUUCAAACAGUAAUAAAUUGCAUGCAAGUUGUUUUGUUGAAAUUCAGGCAAAAAGAUCCACAUGAAAGACACUACAUUUCAUCUAUUUUUAGUGGUUUACAGUUGGAUAAGCCAGGUGAGAGCGAGAUAAGAACAGCACAAAGUCCAAAAAGCAUCGCGGCAUUAAGUGACGACAAAAUCGUUUAGUUUUUGAUUCAUGUCACGUUUAAUGUUUUCCCCCUUUUUUAUGGAUGUAAAGUUUAAUAUAGACUGACUGUGACUGUGUGAGUUCUCCUUUCCAUUCUUGACUGAGAGAAGCUUUGAAGUGUCUCAUUUUAUUUAUUCUGUCCCAACACUGCGACUCUUUCCUUGACUUCUCCUUUUUUUUUUUUAAUGUAAAGAACCACGGUUUGUGUCCCAGGCCACACAUUGAAUGUGAAAAUGGUGAAGCUUUCGUUAAGUUUGUUUGUUUUUUUUUCUUUUCUUUUUUCAGAAAUUUUUGCUGCUGCUUAUGUGCCUUUAUUAUUCUGAAUAUCUUAGAUUGGACACGAGGUCUUUUAGGUCUUUGAUUACAUUUGCUUUUGCAAGAUUAGAAGGAAAUCUUAAGUUUACACUACUUGCAGUGUUACUGCUGUUUAUAGAGCAGAGGAUGAAUGUCACAGAGUUGACACAUGAUGUGUUGAACUGAUUUUUUUUUGUUUUUGUUUCUUGUUCUCUGCUGUUUGUGAAGAGAAACUAUUUUCUGAAGGUUUUUAAGACCAAAGGAAGAGAACGAAAGUAUACUUUAAUCUUAACAUAUGAAAGUUGAAUCAAUAUUUGAAGAGUAAUUUUUGUCUUUGUGGGACAACAGUAGGACUCCGUGCUUACUGAUUAUGCAGGACUUUGCGCAAAACAUUGAUGUAAUCGAGGCCUGGACUAUUUCUCAUUUCUCCCAUCUUCAGCUAUGUCAGGAAGUCAAUGUUGAGUUCAAUAAAUUUUUCACCAGUA